UCCCUGGUGUGUGACUCAAAAUCAUUUCCCGCAGCUGAACUGGUAUCUGGAUGCCUGAAGGACAAACAGAUCCUUUUGAUGGGUGACUCCACUCUCCGUCAAUGGUUGGAGUACCUGGAGAAAACUGUGCCAAAUUGAGAAUGGGAAGACUGCGGCUACAGAUAUUGGUUAUGGUGGUAACGAUCACCAUUUUGUUUUUAUCAGUGUGUCGAGACAACCAUUGCCAAUUGAAUAUUUUUUCACAUUACCUUAAAGUCAACCACACUACCUUUACCACUCAUACCCCAUAUAUUACCACUCAAACUCCACAUGUUGAUAUUUGUAAUGGAAUCACCAACAGGACAUUUACACCAACCAAUGACUCCUUAAUAAGUAAAGAGGAAUGGGAAUCUCUGGUCACAAAGCUACAAUGGUCAUUACCGCCUGUUGACCUCUUAUCCACAGAUGAGGCCACAAACCCCACUAAGUGCUCAUUCUCUGUUGUCAACCCCAAUUCAAACCACACAGUUGAAGGGUUUAUAGAUGUGACUUUGAUAGCUAGAGAUACUAAAAACAGGAUCAAAACCUAUGGAGGGGACUUUUUUCAGGCCAAGUUGUUUAACGCAGAACUUAAGGCCAGUACUUAUGGAGCUGUAACAGACCACUUUAAUGGCACCUACACUGCCCGCCUGGUCCUGCUUUGGCCCGGACCUGCCAAGGUGUCCAUCCGCCUAGUGCACUCCAGCGAGGCCGUGCAGGUACUGUGUAGGCACAGGGAACAGGACCCAGAUAAGGUCUACUUCCUGGGCUACUUUGAGGAGGGUGGCAAAAAGGAAAUAACAAUGUGCAAUGCCCAGAGAAGUCCUAGGCUGGUGGGGAAUGACUUGCAGUGUUGCUGUGAGUACAGAGAGCCAGUCACUGGAGAGUCCUGGUUCUGUCGUCGGCCAUCUUCCCUGCCCUGCCAUGCUUUGACCUACCACAGCAUGGGUGGUUACCAGGCAGUACUCUCCAAGUUGGAGACAACUCUUCUUAAGAGAUUCGCAAACAUUAUUGUACCAUAUGAUAAUUCAGUUGUACAUGUCCAGCAACAGGGCAAUGAAUCCCGUCCAAACACAAAAUGCCGUCCUGGUUUGCACACGCCAGUACCGUCUGGAUUCUACCUCAAGGAUCGCUGGACGUCCAUGGUGUGUGACUCAAAAUCAUUUCCCUCAGCUAAACUGAUAUCUGGAUGCCUGAAGGACAAACAGAUCCUUAUGAUGGGUGACUCCACUCUCCGUCAAUGGUUGGAGUACCUGGAGAAAACUGUGCCAACACUGAAACGCCUGAACCUUCACACAUCAAGCAAAUCGGGCCCCUUUGAGGCAGUCGACACCCAGUCCAACACCCGUAUAAUCUGGCGGGCCCAUGGGAUACCUAUACGGACGAGCAAAACCCCCUGGGCUGACCUCCACUACAUCGCCAGGGAGGUGGAGGGUCUGGCAGGGGGUGCACACUCUGUAGUCGUCUUCACCAUCUGGGCUCAUUUCACCACGUACCCACUGGCUAUGUAUGCACACCGUCUGGUCGUCAUCCGUAGGGCUGUGGCGUCGCUGCUAAGACGAUCUCCCACUACUCUGGUAGUGAUCAAAUCAGCCAACACGGGCUACAAGGAUGUGUACGGGAGCGACUGGCUCUCCUGGCAGCUCGACAUGGCUCUAAGGGAAAUAUUCAGGGGCUUGCCCGUGGUCCUCAUUGACGUUUGGCAGAUGACCUCCUGCCACUAUUCUCCGGAUAACAUUCACCCGCCCCCCGUGGUGAUCCAAAAUGAAGUGGACCUCUUCCUGUCCUUUGUCUGUCCGCAAUGAGAAAAGAGAAGCAUUCAAAAGGGAUUGUCUGUAAAAUCAACUGCAUAGAAAAUGGCAACCAAUACAUUUUAAAAUAUAACCACAUCAUGAAAACAACAGUCAAAUUCUAGGUGCUGUUCAGUGCUCUGAUAGCCAUUAUUGUAUAUGGUUGGGAAACUCAAGGUGACCAGUGAGACUGUAUUACUACCGUAGAUUCUUCCCAAUUAAUGCCCUCUGGUGUUUGUCAAACUAUUGCCUGCUUUCAGCUCUGCCUUGAUUCUUCUGUUAUACAUAAAAGAUAGUUAAGCAAUGAUUCA